UAUUCUAAAAUGCUUUCUAAUCUAGCAAAUGGACAGAAAAUAAGCGAUAUUACUAAAGGAGAGACUAUUAAACCAGACACCAACUUUGAAGUGGAUAAGAAAGCAAAAGCUCCGUUAUUAAGGAUCAAGCUGCCAAACAAAAUCUGAAGCCAGCAGUAUAAAAAAUCUUCCUCUAAGGUUUCAAAGUUCAGCAUCUCGUCAAAAAUAUUAUAAAAGUGUCUAAGUCUACCAACAGUAAUGAGGUAAUUAUGUUUAAAAAGAAGAAAGAGUCAUACAAAGUAUGGAAGAAAUCCACUCUUAACGAAUCCAAAAGAGCCGAUGGCAGUAAAGAUGAUUUUAAAAACAGUUUUAAUAAAUCUCUAUGUUAUGCAACUCCUUCUAAUCAAAAGCAUAACAGCAGAAAUGGUUCACAGUACUUCAAGAGUACAACAAAUGACAAUACUGAGGUGAACCUCCCUGUCUUUCAGAAUGGAAAGAAGGAAUGCCAAACCAAGGCAAACUUGGCCACUCUAAAGUCGGCUAAAUAAGAGCAAACAUAUGGCGGUUUUGAAUUCUAAGAAAAAUCUUAGUUCUCUAAAGAUUAGGAUCCAACAACUUUAUGAUAAAUACUUUGACCCUAUGAACAAAACACUAAAAGAUACCCAUGACUAUCGAAGAAAUGAAGAAUUUACAAUGGUUGGAUCUCCAGAUCGUCCUCACAGUAGGAAUGUUAACAUAACCAAGAUGAUUUCCUUACCUCCUCUGAACUCAAAGAUACAAUUCUGAUCUCCUACUAAAACCAGGAACUCUUCAUUUGCAAGAUGCAGAACUCAAUGUAAAUAAGUCACCCUAAAAAGUCAACAAAAUUUGCACGGUUUAAGAACAAAAUAAUUCUACAUAAACCGAAAAAUACGAUAAAAUUGCUUUCAAGGCCAAAAGGCAAAAUCCCAAUGGGAUGCACAGAAAUCGACCUAGAAUCUUCCCUAAUGACAGAGGCUAAAGUCUCCAAAUGAGGUUCAAAAAUACUAUCUAAAACCCAUACCUAAAU